AUGGCUGCCUUCCCCAACCCUAGCUCUGACGCUGGAUUGAAGAAGCUCGAUGAGCAUCUUCUCACUCGCAGUUACAUCACUGGAUACCAGGCUUCCAAGGAUGAUAUCACUGUCUUUGCUGCCCUUGCAAAGCCACCAACCUCACAGUAUGUGAACGCUUCUCGUUGGUACAACCACAUCGAUGCCCUCUUGAGGAUCUCAGGCGUUUCUGCUCAAGGAAGUGGUGUCAUUGUCGAGGGAUUGGCCCCGGUUGCAGAGGAGGCUGCUGCUACUCCCCCUACAGCUGACUCUAAGGAUGCUGCUGAUGAAGAGGAUGAUGAUGAUGUUGACCUUUUCGGAGAGGAGACCGAGGAGGAGAAGAAGGCUGCUGAAGAGAGGGCUGCUUCUGUUAAAGCAUCCACAAAGAAGAAGGAAUCUGGAAAGUCAUCAGUUUUGAUUGAUAUCAAGCCUUGGGAUGAUGAGACUGACAUGAAGAAGCUAGAGGAAGCUGUGAGAUCAAUCCAGAUGGAAGGGUUAUUCUGGGGAGCAUCAAAGUUUGUCCCGGUUGGUUAUGGUAUCAAGAAGUUGCAGAUCAUGUGCACCAUUGUUGACGACCUUGUGUCUGUUGACACUAUGAUUGAGGAGCAGCUCACCGUCGAACCUAUCAAUGAGUUUGUUCAGAGUUGCGACAUUGUUGCGUUCAACAAAAUCUGUCAAGAGAAACAACACAACAACAUUAUUAUUACUUUUGAUCGAUUUUACACUUUCUAUCUCAGUUACAAAGCUGCAAAAGAUGAUCUCACCAUCUUUGGGACUCUUGCAACUCCCCCAUCUUCAAAGUAUGUGAACUUAUCUUGCUGGUACAACCACAUUGUUGCCCUCUUGAGUACCUGUGGUGUCUUUGAUGAAUUAACUGGUGUCAUUAAGAGAUCACCCCGAGUCACAGAAGGGGCCCUUACUACUGAUUCUAGGGAUGUUGAUUUCGGAGAGGAGACGGAAGAGGAAAAGAAGGCAGCUGAAGAAAGAGCAGUUUUUGUGAAGGCAUCUACAAAGAAGAAGGAAUCUGGGAAGUCAUCAGUUUUGAUUGAUAUCAAGCCAUGGGAUGACGAGACUGACAUGAAGAAGCUAGAUGAAGCUGGUGCAUCAAAGCUUGUUCCAGUUGGUUACGGUAUCAAGAAGUUGCAGAUCAUGUGCACCAUUGUUGACGACCUUGUGUCUGUUGACACCAUGAUCGAAGAGCAGCUCACGGUCGAACCUAUCAAUGAGUACGUCCAGAGUUGCGACAUUGUUGCCUUUAACAAGAUUUGA